AUGAUCCUUUUUAGUACCCUUGGCUUUGUUGUUUUCUAUGUCCUGGGAAGGCUGCUCUACAAUGUGUAUUUCCAUCCGCUUUGUCGAUACCCCGGUCCCAAACUAUGGGCAGCCACCAGGAUCCCCUACACGCAAAGCAUGGUUACAGGACGAUUGCACAGGAGGGUGCUGGAACUGCACCAAGAAUACGGCCCAAUUGUGAGAAUUGGUCCUGACGAACUGGCUUACAACGACAGCAAGGCCUGGAGAGACCUCCACGGCCACGUCAAGGGCCAGACCGGCGACCACGGGAGGGAUCCAGUGGCCACGUGGGACUAUAGGCAUGGAAUUAUCGGCGCCAAGCGCGAAGACCAUCCCCGUUUCCGCCGCGGGCUGACCCACGGCUUCUCAGCGCAGGCCAUGAAGGAGCAGCAGCCCAUCGUCACAGGCUAUGUCGACCUGUUCAUCCAGAGACUUCACCAAAGCUGCGCCUCUGGCUCCCGCCCUCUCGACAUGGUCAAAUGGUACGACUUUGUCACCUUUGAUAUACUUGGCGACCUGGCGUUUGGUGAAUCCUUUAACUGCUUGCAAGGCUCUGAAUACCACUCGUGGGUGAAGAUCAUCUUUGACAACGUUAAAGCGUCCGCCAUUGGCAUUGAAGCCCGUCGGUUUCCCGCCGUCGCCCGACUACUGGAGUACCUAGUGCCAGCUCACUUGAUUGAGCAGCAGAAGCACCACAACGCACUCACCCAUCACAAACGGCUGGCGGCCAAGGGCGAGCGCCCGGACUUUAUGCAUUCAAUGCUUCGCAAGCGAGAGAACAAGACGGAAUUCACCCUCCCCGAGCUGGAGAGCACUUCUUCAACCAUCAUCAUGGCCGGUUCCGAAACAACGUCGACUGCUCUCGCGGGAAUUACUUAUUUCCUAGUCACUCACCCCGAAGUCAUGAAGAAAUUGUGCAACGAGGUACGGGCCUCUUUCGCGACCGAGGAUGAGAUUAAUAUGAACAGCGUGCAAAGCCUACGCUACAUGUAUGCCAUUAUCAACGAGGGUAUGCGAAUGUUUCCUCCGGUUGCCACAGGGAUCCCGCGGAAGGUCUUUGAAGGCGGCGGCGUGUUUCUCGACCGGUUUGUGCCUGAAGGUACGCUCGUCCAGGUAUGGCACUGGUCCGUGUACCACAGCCCGGGAAACUUUGCAUUCCCCGACUCGUUCGUCCCAGAGCGCUGGCUCGACGAAGAUGCUCGCUUUGCAAAUGACAGGAAGGAAGCCUUUCAGCCGUUUUCGAUUGGCCCCCGAAGCUGCAUCGGGAUGAAUUUGGCGUAUGCGGAGAUGCGUCUCAUUCUCGCCAGAGUGAUUUGGAACUUCGACAUAAAACUCCACCCGGACAGCCGGGGCUGGUUUGAAGGGAUGAAAACCUACAUACUAUGGCAGAAGGAUCCUCUCCAGGUCUACCUAACGCCGAGGAAGGUCGGCGAUGGAAGCCGGACUUUUCAAAGUCCGCCAGAUAUGUAA